GCUGGCCCUCUGCUCGCUGGCGCUCAGCCUGCUCGCCCACUUUCGGACGGCGGAGCUGCAGGCCCGGGUGCUGCGCCUGGAAGCGGAGUGUGGGGAGCAGCAAAUGGAGACGGCUAUUUUGGGACGAGUCAACCAACUGCUGGAUGAGAAAUGGAAGCUCCAUUCUCGGAGACGCCGGGAGGCCAUGAAGACAUCUCCAGGGUGUUACUGCCCGCCAGGACCUCCUGGUCCUGUUGGAAGACCUGGCUUCCCGGGGGACAAAGGUGCCAUUGGGAUGCCUGGACGUGUGGGAGUAAAGGGCCAACCAGGCGAGAAGGGGGCCCCAGGAGAUGCUGGGAUGUCCAUCAUCGGUCCCCGCGGCCCCCCUGGCCAGCCGGGCACGCGAGGUUUUCCUGGGUUUCCGGGUCCCAUAGGGCUAGACGGCAAACCGGGCUACCCUGGACCGAAAGGAGAGAUGGGCCUGAUGGGUCCCCGAGGACAACCGGGACCUCCAGGGGAAAAAGGAGAAAAGGGUCAGUGUGGAGAAUACCCGCACCGGGAGUACCUAAGCAGCACUUUAGCAGCUCUGCACUCCAACCAGAUACUUACCCUGAAGCUGCUGCCUCUCCUCAAUUCAGUGCGACUGGCUCCACCCCCAGUCAUAAAAAGGCGGACCUUCCAGGGUGAACAGGGCCAGGCUGGUAUCCAAGGCCCACCAGGGCCACCAGGCCCCCCUGGACCAAGUGGACCUCUGGGGCAUCCAGGACUGCCAGGGCCCAUGGGGCCACCUGGCUUUCCUGGGCCUCCUGGACCAAAGGGAGACCCAGGGAUCCAGGGCUACCAUGGCCGGAAGGGAGAACGAGGCAUGCCAGGGAUGCCGGGCAAACACGGAACUAAGGGGGCUCCUGGCAUCGCCGUGGCUGGAAUGAAGGGUGAACCAGGGACCCCAGGAGCCAAGGGUGAAAAGGGUGCCACUGGCCCCCCUGGGCUGCUCAGCCUCCUGGGGCAGAAGGGAGAGAAAGGCGAUGCUGGCAACUCCAUUGGAGGAGGCAGAGGGGAGCCCGGCCCCCCAGGGCUCCCUGGGCCCCCAGGGCCAAAGGGAGAAGCUGGUGUCCAUGGCCAGGCUGGCCCUCCAGGAAAGCAGGGAGACAAGGGGGACUCUGGAGCGCCUGGAGAACAGGGACCAGCUGGCCCCAAGGGCUCCAAGGGAGAACCAGGGAAAGGAGAGAUGGUGGAUUGCAAUGCCGGUAUCAACGAGGCGCUCCAGGAGAUCCUGACACUGACCCUGAUCGGGCCCCCUGGUCUUCCCGGGCAGACCGGCCCACCUGGACCCCCAGGCAUCCCAGGCCAGAAGGGGGAGAUUGGACUGCCAGGCCCUCCAGGACACGAUGGAGAAAAGGGACCUCGAGGCAAACCAGGAGACAUGGGCCCUCCUGGUCCCCAAGGCCCCCCAGGAAAGCCUGGGCCUGUAGGAAUCAAGGGAGAAGACGGACAGCCGGGGAGCCCAGGAGAGAAGGGAGAGAAAGGGGAGACAGGGCAGGCGGGCCCACCGGGAGAGAAAGGAGAACCUGGGGAAAAGGGUGACCCAGGAGUAGAGGUUCCUGGGCCACCAGGGCCGGAGGGGCCUCCUGGACCUCCGGGGCUCCAAGGCAUUCCUGGACCAAAGGGGGAAGCAGGACUAGAUGGAGCAAAAGGAGAGAAGGGUGUCCAGGGAGAGAAAGGAGACCGAGGUCCUCUGGGAUUACCCGGAGCUUCAGGUUUGGACGGCAGGCCUGGGCCACCGGGUACCCCAGGACCAAUUGGAGUUCCAGGCCCAGCGGGACCAAAGGGUGAGAGGGGCAGCAAGGGCGACCCUGGGAUGACAGGACCAACGGGAGCAGCUGGGCUUCCUGGUUUACAUGGACCACCCGGAGACAAAGGAAACCGGGGGGAGAGGGGGAAGAAAGGCUCUAGAGGGCCUAAAGGGGAUAAGGGAGACCAAGGAGCGCCUGGAUUAGAUGCCCCCUGUCCGUUGGGGGAAGAUGGCUUACCAGUCCAGGGCUGCUGGAACAAGUGAUGCCUCUAACCUGGGAUUGGCCUGUGUGUGUGUUUGUACAUAGAAUAUUUAUUUUUAUACAGUUUUUACUUUUUGAAAAUGCCUGAAGUAUGAUGCAUCUUACAGAUUAUUAAAAAAGUAAAAACCUGCAUAUUUUGUACAGAAAAUACCAACCUCUCCUCUUUUGUUUACAAGAUGUUUUGUAUAAGUCUGUGACUCUAAUACACUUUUUGUUUCUGAUACGGUCAUAUGUUUGCAUGAUAUUUGUGCACACUUAUUAAGUAUUGAAACUUAAUAAAUUAUUGUGUUGUGGUGCCAAAGGGAGCCAACCAGCACGAAGGUGCUGGCUAGGCUGUGUGUGAAUCCACAAAAACAUGAAGAUCUGUGGUGUUUGCCAAACCAGGUGUGUCUAAGAAUAUUUUAAACUCUGAUGGAUUUCAUUAUUAAAAAAGUGAAACAUAGCA